AUGUAUGUGAAAUGGUUUGAUACAGUAAUGUUUUACUAUGUGAUUUUAGUGUAUUUAGUGAAUGUCACUUUUUGUCAUUUUCAAAUUUCCCGCCAGUUCCAUCCCCGUACGUCCUGAAGUCGCAGGGAACAGAACCCAGAUGACAGAUGCCGGCAUCCGCCGGAGGACAUUACAGGGGACACUACAGGAGGGACAUCGCGGGAGCGCAGGACAAGGUAAGUGAAGUACAGAUCCCUGAGCAGUGCCGCAUGGUAAGCCCGAGUGUAGCUCGGGGUUACCACUUGUGCUACACAUGGGAAUACCACCAGGGAGGCUACGGU